AUGGCAGCAUUGCACAAUAAUAUGGUGCUUGUAGGCAUUUUGGUGACCCUCUUUUUUACUGCACAUGCGGAUGAUGGCACCGCUACUUUCUACGCACAAUAUGACCCCUCAGCAUGUUUUGGAACCAAUACCCCUACAGGGCUGAUUGCCGCAGCCAGCGCUGAUAUAUGGCAGGAUGGUGCUGCCUGUAGGACAAGAUACAGAAUAACUUGCACUGAUGGUACGAACCUCGGCACCCCACGCCCUUGCACUGGUCAGAGUGUUGAAGUUGAGAUAGUUGAUUUCUGUCGUAACUGUCGAGGCACCUUUGAUCUCAGCCAAGAUGCCUUUGCCAUAAUCGCGGACACUAAUGCUGGCAAAAUCUUGAUUGAAUACGACCAGUAUGGUCUGAAGUCCACUGGAACUUCUUUAAAGGAUACAAAGGCGCAAGGGAUGAUCAUGUUCCAAGUAGCUGCGGUUCCUCAUCUUGGGGGAAUGGAUGAUUAA